UGAGAAAGCUGAAGAAUUGAGAAUUUGGGUUUUUUUUUUUAUUUAUUUUUUAUUUUUUUGGCUGUUUUGUUUGUGAACAUAAUCGAAAAUUUAGCUUGGGUUGAGCUUUUUUUUUUUUUUUUUUUUUGUUGGUUCAAACAGAACAGAAGUAGUAUACAAAAGAAGUACAGACAUACAUAAUACAAACAUACAUAUAUACAUUUACAUACAUACACAUAUACAUACAUACACAUGUGUGUGUAUAUAUAUGUUUUCAAACUGGUGAAGAAUUUGAGUCUUGUUUAAUUUUGGUUAUUCCUGUGUUUUCUGAUUACUAGAGGUCGUUUUCUGUUAAUACUUUUGAGUUUUUGUUACAUGGGUCUGCGUAUUGGUUUCUUGGUCAAUGAAGUUUGGAAGAAAGUAAACAAAGCAUGGUAGCAUCGUCUGGGAAACUUUCUUCAUUCAAAGUUUUAUUUAAAAAAGCAUGAACUUUACAUCCACCCAGUUUGUUACCUCAAGAAGGAUGGCUGCGUAUGAGCCUCUCCACCAGAUUAGCAUGUGGGAAGAAACCUUUAAAAAUAGUGGCAAUUUUAAUGCAUCAGCAUCAAUAAUUGUGGAGGCGGACACAAAACUAAGUGCUCAGUCAGAGGACACUUCACAGGGAAUACUGGGAACUUCUAACAAAUAUGAUCAGGAAGCAACAAAACCUGUGGAUAAGGUACAAAGACGACUUGCACAAAAUCGGGAGGCUGCUCGUAAGAGCCGUUUGAGGAAGAAGGCCUAUGUUCAGCAGUUAGAAUCAAGUCGUUUGAAACUUAUUCAAUUAGAGCAAGAGCUUGAACGAGCUAGGCACCAAGGCAUGUAUGUAAGUGGUGGAUUAGAUGCUAAUCAUCUGGGGUUCUCUGGAACUAUGAAUUCAGGUAUCGCUGCAUUUGAGAUGGAGUAUGGACAUUGGGUAGAAGAACAAAAUAGGCAAACUUGUGAACUGAGGAAUGCUUUGAAUGCUCAUAUAACUGAUGUAGAGCUUCGCAUGCUUGUGGAUAAUGGCAUGAGCCACUAUUUUGAUCUUUUUCGCAUGAAAGCAACUGCUGCAAAAGCUGAUGUUUUUUAUAUGAUGUCUGGGAUGUGGAAAACAUCAGCUGAGAGGUUCUUUCUGUGGAUUGGUGGGUUUCGUCCUUCAGAGCUUCUUAAGGUUCUUGUUCCCCAACUUGAUCCCUUGACAGAUAAGCAACUUACUGAUGUUUAUAACCUUGUAAAAUCAUGUCAACAAGCUGAAGAUGCUCUUUCACAAGGCAUGGAUAAACUCCAACAAGGACUGGCUAAGGCUGUAGCAGAUGGUGAACUAGGUGAAGGAAGCUAUGCCCCACAGAUGGGCACUACUGCAAUGAAGAAAUUGGAUGAUCUGGUGACCUUUGUUGCCCAGGCUGAUCAUCUUCGGCAGGAAACUUUGCGGAAUGUAUCAGAGCUCUUGACCACACGCCAGACAGCCAGAGGUCUGCUCACUUUGGGUGAGUACUUUCAACGGCUAAGGGCUUUAAGCUCACUAUGGGCUACUCGUCCCCGUGAGCCUGCCUAGUCUUAGCAUGGAAGAGCAAACAAGCUAAAAGUUUAAACUUUGUCAGCAAGAUAUCACCACCAGGGGCUGUGCUUUCCGAUGGGAGGCGCCUUUCCUAAUGCCAUAUUAGUCAUAAUGUAGACAUAAUUGAAGCGGCUUGCAGUUUUCACGCAGUCUCCCUUAUCAAUCCGAGGAAAGUUGUAAAUAUGAAUAGCCAGUUUUUCCAGUCCUAGAGGUGAGUGGUUUGUAUAAGUAAAUUGAAUUGUUAUGCCUUUUUUUUUUUUUUUUUUUUGUACAUUAUAUAAAAAGCAAAUGUGUAGGAUGCACAUUUUCAAGUCUAUAACAGAUGGAAAUUAUGUGGUGUAGAUAUUUAUUUUGUGAUCUCAGUGCAUCACAUACAUUAUUCGUGUAUAUUGUAAAAGUAUUUUCUUCAUGUUAAGAAAUGAAGAGAUUACUUUAUUCUUGGAAAGUUUAUAUAUAAAUUGUAAGGACAAUCCUGGUUGGUUCCAGGGAGACGGUUUUCCUCUC